AUGACCUUGCCUACGUCCAAUAUGCUGUCGCUUAACAUCUUGGGCCUCAACUGCGGGACAAGCAUUGAUGGCAUCGACGUUGCCCACUGUCGGAUCUCAGCCAUCCCAUCGUCGAACGAUGUGCACAUUGAUCUGCUGUCUUAUAUAGAGAUCCCUGUCAACCCAGCUAUCCGAAGUCAAGUCCUCCGCUUAUGUCGACCCAACCAAAAAGAGGCCGCAACAACUCUUGCUGAACUAUGCGAUCUCAACUUUGAGCUCGGCCGCGAGUUCUCCCGCGCGGUCAUAGAAUCUGGGAUCGACUUGGCCCAAGUUGACCUAAUUGCCAGCCAUGGGCAGACGACGGUGGUCAGCGGGUUUCGCGUUGCCGAAUUAGCUGCAGGACGUCAGGGAGCACCACUUGCAGGGUUCUUCGAGGCCUGUCUCCUCUCUCAUCCUGAGCUGACACGUAUCAGCCAAAAUAUAGGCGGAAUAGGAAACGCAAGUGUGUUGCCAGCUAGAAGAUCAAACACAGAAACUUCUCGACCUACUUAUCUAUCUUUUGACACUGGCCCGGGAAAUGUUUUCAUAGAUGCGGCAAUGAGAAUCAUAAGUAACGGCGAGACCCAUUUCGACAAAGAUGGGGCACUUGGAUUGCAGGGAGAGUCGGAAGUAGAUGAAGAGGUCGUCAACGACUACCUGGCCGGUGAGCCUUACUUCCAACUCAAACCGCCCAAGACAACAGGGCGAGAGCUCUUUUCAGAUGAUGUCGCGCGUGCACUCGUUGAAAAGAUGAGAUCUCGCCACAUGAGCUCUCAAGGCAUCAUUGCCACUGUCACAAGGAUCACUGCCGAGUCUAUCGCCCGCGCGUACGAGCAAUACGUCCUGCCUCACCUCGAAGAGGGCAAGACGAUCGAUGAAAUCUAUAUCUGCGGCGGUGGUGCAUACAACCCGAACAUAUUGAAGCACCUACAAGCUCGCUUUCCUGCUAGCCGAGUGGCCAGGCUCAGCGAGGCACCCACCAAGAUUGAGCCAAACGCGAAGGAAGCCGUCAUGUUUGCGCUGUUGGGGUUUCUGUCAGUCAGUGGCCGCACUGUUCCACUUGCGGAUGAUUCAGAAUCUACAGAACCUGCUGUUAUGGGUGUCAUUACACCUGGUGAUAAUUAUCGGCAGAUUAUCGAUAUUGUGGCUAAAAGUGACAGGUUCUUGGCAAAUGGAGUGUUGGGGCGUAUUCAAAUGUAA